AUGUACAAAACAGAUGUUAUUUGCAAGAAUACUUGUGAUGCAACAUUAAAAGAUUUAGGCAUGCAAUAUCACAAAAAACCGGACAAAUGUCAUGCAGGCAUACAUGCAGCAUUAGGUGAUACUGAAGGUUUACUGUGGCAUAUUCAGCAAGGAUCCGGUAUAGAAGACAUGUAUGAUUUCAUGGACCUAAAAAAAGAAAAACUAGUAAUCAUCACAUCCAGGUAUUGUCCAAGAAGGAGCAUUAUCAAGAUGUUUGAAUGUUUGAAGCAUUGUAAUGCAGAUUUUCAUGUAACUUCAACCAAAACACUCAAAACUGCUUUACACAUGUUAUCUGAAAACAUCAAUAUGAUGAAGAAACCUUCUAAAGAUAGUAUUGCAAGCAAAUAUGUUAUUCGGGCAAUUAAUAUUUUGACAAAGUUGGGGUGCGAUGUCAAUGCACUGGAUAUCAAAUCAAGAACAGUGUUGUCUUAUUAUUUGGAAGAAUCCCAUGAACACAAUCUCAAAAUACCAAUAAUAAAUGCCUUAUUGAAAAAUAAAGCAGAUCCAAACCUGCCAACUGAUGUCAACAACACAUUAUCAGGCGAUCAUUUCCAUGCACCGAACUCAUUAUUUUUAGCAAUUAGAUCUAAUUGGCCAGGCACUUGUUUAGAGCUGUUGGUUGAUAAGAAUGUGAAUAUGACAGCAAUCGAUAAAGAAAAUAACACAGUAUUAUCAUUAGCAGCAAAAUUGCAACAUAUUGAGCAAAUAAGAUGGUUGUUGGAGAAUGUUUACGAACUUAGUGAGCCACAUCAGAUUAAGUUGGCAAUAAAGAGAUGUAUUGGAUUUAAUAGUAAAGAGAAAAAAUUGUUAAAUGAAUGGGAAAAUAAUUCAGCAAAACGUAAAGAGGUUCAAGCUAAACAUGCAAAAAAGCAGUUUGAUAGCAAAAAAAGGCAACUUAAUUAUUUGGUUAAUUAUAAUUGGGCUCCAAAAUAA